CACCUUCUGUCAACCAGGUUUUCACACUGGACUUUGAGUCCAAGCCAUUGUACAUGGAUGCUGAUUACUCACUGUCCUUGAAUGUCCAGCCCGUGGAGAUCGUCUACGAUGAGGUAAUACCGUCCAAUCUCUGUCACUCAAUGUUCAGCGUGUAUAGUUGAUCUUAGCCCAGUCAUCUCCCUUGAUCAAAUAACAUUAAUAAUUUUAAUGUUUUUGAAUAAAUGUUUGUGGGAUAUUAUUUACGCAACUCCUUAAUUUCUUUUGUAAGGGGUUGCUUUUUUAAAAUUCAAAUCUCUCUGUCUCUAAAUCUACAGUACACUAUUUAUGAAUCUACGUAAUUCUACUCUAAAUCUAGAUUAAUAAGACACGAACAAAUUGUGUCAAUAGAACAAUAUGAGUUAGCUUUAAUAAUAAUUAUACAUCAUACAUAAUUAAACGUUUCGGCACAUGGCUUCAUCAGUACAAACAAACAAAACACCUUUAAGUAAGUAUAAAUUAAAUUUACAUAAUGUCAAUAUACAUAUCCUACCUAAAACAGAAAAAAUAUAGGAGAGGGCGCUAAAACCAGACAAAAACAAAGUAAAGAGAAGUAGAAAGGAAGUGAUUUUAACAUAAUUGGAAAUCUAAAUCUCCAUAACUCUAUGUCUGAAGCUACAUAAUUCUAUUCUCUAAAUCUACAGCACUCCAUUUCUGAAGUUACAGCAUUCUUCCAGCUGCCCCACGGAGGGCUGGACAUCAAGUCCGCUGCUGUGCAGCAGCUGACCAAUGUUGCCAACGUCAGCAAAGCUGGGCUGCAGCAUAUCAUUGAGACGCACACAGUGAGUCAUUAGUAAGAAAAUAAAGACUGGCGAUGUUACAAUACUCAUCCAUGAACUUAUUAUGACUACAUAAGUGUAAAAUAUUGCUUUUUACUCAUUUUAAAAACAGGUGUCCUAAAACUAGGACAGAAUGACAGUAAUCUUAACAUCAUGUCUUCAAUUAACUGUAUCGUUUCAGUUACAAUAGUCAGGCUGUUUAUCUUUGAUAAGAUAUAUGUGCAGGCCUACAUCUGGCUCGUUUAUUUUUGCACAAAUGAAAAAAAAAAAAAAAAUGGAUUCAUUUAGUUUUACUAUAUUUAACUUUUUGGUGUAUGUAUUACCUGACAGACUGUUCACAUAGCUCUCAACAUUUAUCUUUGAUAAGAUAUAUGUGCAGGCAUACAUCUGGCUCGUUUAUUUUUGCAAAAAUGAAAAAAAAAAAAAAAAUGGAUUCAUUUAGUUUUACUAUAUUUAACUUUUUGGUGUAUGUAUUACCUGACAGACUGUUCACAUAGCUCUCAACAUGCGGUCACCUUACAUUGUUGUCCCAGAAUAUGGAACACUGCACAGGUGA